UUUGUUGUCUUUCUGUAUCAUCAUGAUAAACCCAUCAUCUGGACCAGGAGGUGUGUGUAGGUUACUGGCCUCUUUGCUUUAUGGGCUGGAGUCUCAUAUGGACAGCUCAGAGGACAGCACUUUUCUACAGGACAUGCUCAUGGGCAAUACUCUGCAUCUGCUUAUUAAGGUCUAUGACAGGCUGCAGAAGUACAGAGCCCAGCGGCCUGCUCCACUGUUGGAAAGUGCACAGGGCCUGGCUCGGGACUUGGCAGAAGAGCUGCACUGUGUUGUCGCCAGCCCAGAGACAACAGAGUUGUUAUACCUGCUCUCUAAACCUCAUGUACAGGCUCUUCUCUCAGUGCAUGACAUGGUGUCUCAGAAAGAGUUUGACCCUCAGUUGCCACCUCUGCCCCCAAUGCCUGAUUACAUCGAGAAAGAGGAAGAUUCAAUCAAGAUUGUUUGCUUGGUUAAAAACCAGGAACCACUGGGAGCCACCAUCAAGAAAGAUGAGUCCACUGGAGCUAUAGUUGUGGCUCGGGUCAUGAGAGGAGGAGCUGCUGAUCGAAGUGGUCUAAUUCAUGAAGGGGACAAGCUCAAGGAAGUCAAUGGUGUUCCAAUGGAGAACAAGAACCCAGAGGAGAUCAUUCCCAUACUAGCCAAGUCAGAAGGAGCAGUGACCUUCAGAGUCAUCCCAGGCACCAAAGAAGAGCCAGAAACCAUAGAUAACAAGAUCUUUGUAAGGGCACUUUUUGACUAUAAUCCCCAAGCAGAUCCUGCUAUUCCAUGCAAAGAUGCCGGGUUGAAAUUCUGGAAAGGAGAUGUGUUACAGAUUGUAAGCCAAGAAGAUGACACCUGGUGGCAGGCCAGACGGCACGGUGACGCCAACCACAGGGCUGGACUGAUUCCCUCAAGACAGCUUCAGGAAAGGAGAGUGACUUUACAAAGACCUGCAGUUCUGUUCCACCCACUGAGAGAGUCGAUGAUAUUCGGUGCUGGUUUGAGGAAAAGUUUCCGGUUCAGCCGGAAGGACAGCACAAGUCAACAGGUGAGACAGAAGAUGGGCAAAGGACAUGCUGGUAUCCAUUUACCAAUAUAUCAGGAGGUCCUGCCUUACAAGAGAAAGCCUGAUGAGCCUUACCGCCUUGUGCUUCUAACUGGGACUAGUGGGGUUGGUGUGACCGAGUUAAAGAGAAGACUUCUACUCUCUGACCCAGAACACUUCAGUGUAUCUGUGCCAUAUACCACUCGGGAGCGGAAAAAGCAUGAGAGAGAAGGGGUGGAGUACCACUUUGUCUCCAAACACACUUUUGAAAAAGAUAUCCUUGACCACAAAUUUUUGGAGUUUGGUGAAUAUAAAGGGAACUACUAUGGUAUGAGUCUGGAUUCAGUUCGCAGGGUUGUAGCGGAGAGCAAGGUGUGCUUACUGGAUGUGAAGCCACACGCCAUAACAGCCUUAUACACCUCUGAGUUUAAACCCUAUGUUGUAUUUGUGAAGCCUCCGUCAAUAGAGAGCUUGAGACUGAGCCGAAGAAAAGCAAAAGUUUUGUCAAGUCAGAAUGAGCAAACACCUACAAAAUUAUUUACGGAGGAGGACUUUCAGGAUAUGAUUACCAGCGCCCAAGCCAUGGAGAAUAAAUAUGGCCACUUGUUUGAGAAAGUGAUCAUCAAUGACGACCUGGCCAUGGCAUUCACUGAGCUGAGAAACGAGCUCACAAAGAUAGAAACAGACACUCACUGGAUCCCAAAUACAUGGGCUCAUGUCUGAAAAAGCAAUUCAUGUUCAUUGAACCACUUAGACACAUGAUAACUUUUGACUAUGUUUUGGAGAUUUUCUACAUAUAAAAAAGGCACACCAUAUUACUGUAAUUAUACGCUUAUAAGUAGUGUGUACUGGCCAGUCAUGAAUCAACUCCAUUCAUAACCGCCAAACUCAUGACACUGCACUGAAGUUUAAAUAGUUUUGUUUAUGUAGAGAAACAAGUAAUUGUAAAGAAUUUUUAUCUGCCCAUAAUUCCUACAUAAUGAUAUGCAUUAUGCUGUAUUACUAGAUUAUUUCUAUACACAUAUUGCUUUGUGCACUGUUGUGGCUCAUGUUUUCACAUUAAUUACUUACAGACGUGGAUUUUCCAUUGAAAAGAUGUGUUCUCAAUUUGGUUUAAGUGAGGUGGAGCACUACAGUUUUUUUUGUGUUUUUUUUUCCAUAAAUUGUGACUACAAGAUUGAACUCUGGAUUAGACCUCUGAAACACAUCCAGGUAGCUCCAUGUACUGAACAGUUCCAAUCCAAGUUUAGAUUUGUUCCUGACAUUGAACUCCUGGCUUUACAGUGAUUUAAAUGCCUUAGCGUUCUUGAAUAACAUUAACAUUUGCAGGUAUGCAAGGUGAUCCAUGAGUCAACAUCUCAAAAGGAUCAAUCCAAAGCACCUCAGCUGUUUUUUUAAGGUUUAAAACUAACAAAGAGCAAUUCCCAUGGCAAUUCCUCCCAAACAUUUAGAAAGGUGAGCUAACGUGGAAGUUAAGAGGAAGAUUCUUGCUCAAGGUGACCUUAGUUGUUACUGCGGAAGCCAGAAGAGGAAGUGGAGUUUAUUUUCACCAGCACUUGGUAUAUUAAAGUGGAAUUAAAGAGUAACGGGAGAGUUCCUGGGGUUACAUUGGAUGGUUGCCUGGUCAGCAUGAGGGACAGAACUCCACACAUACCUGUCUUUGAAGCCAGAAUGAAAGGAAGAUUUAGAUGCAGUAUGUCAGGGUUUUGUGACAGAUUGUGAUCAAAAAUAUCAGGAUGUUGUGUUGUGUCUUUAUUCUAAACUAUUCAGCAUUUUAUGGAUUUCAUGGAUUUUAGCUGCUUUUAGCCUUUCUCUGCUGCUUUCCACCAAUUGUGGUUCUGUUCAUAUGGAACACAUCAACCAAACUUGCUCUCACAAUUUGGUUCUGAUUCCUGUAAAUAUCAGGCAAGUCACUUAUAGAAUGCAGAGUCACUCUCUUUCAUAACUCUGCAUGAACAUAUGCAUACGUUGUGUAAAGAAAAGCCAGGAAAGAAGCAUCCUCCAACCAUUUUUUUUCCCCCAGCAAAGUCCCACAGACAUUUGACAAACUGAAAUGGAAUAAUGACACAUGGUUACAUGUAGUUUGCUACUGGAAGGAUGAUCAGCUGUCCUUCCUGUCUCCCUGUAGAACAUGUGUUAGGUUUCUUGCAUUGCAUGCAUUGCAGUUUGUUGCUCUGGCCGCAUCUGCAGUCCUCAUGCCUCCCUGCAGCAGGACUGGCAUGUUCACGCAGGUGAGCAGAGUCCCUGGGCAUCUUUCAGAAUUAGAACAAGGGUCUCUUUAAUGUCAUAAAGUAACUGUGACCUUAAUUGGCCUUAAACUUUCAGUGUCUAUAAAGGACUGUUCCACAUGCAUAUAUGUGAUAUUUGUUUAUGCUUCAUUGAACAAACUUAAACCCUUUUCAUCUGUAAAGCUUACUUGGAUAUGGAUUUGACCAAGCGGUCUUUAAUAUAUGAUUAGGAUCAUUUUUAUGAUACAUUAUUAUUCUUAAUCUCAUCAGUCUUUUAAAAUGGUUUUAAAUUGUUGUUUUAUUUAUUUAUUUUUUUUGGGGGGGGUAAUAUGGUGAAUAUAUAUGCAGGUUUCCUGUAUAUUGAAGGGGAAGUACCUGUUUUGGUAUAUAUAAUGUUGUUGUUUCAGUAGCUUUAUAUAUACAUAUUUUUUUAGAAGAUCUUGGAGAUGGUUGUCAUAAUUUGAUAAAUUAUAUUAAUCCUAAAUAUUGUCAUUAUU